AUGACAAACUGACCUGUGAUCUCCCCUGAGCUUACAAUGCAAGCAAUUCAAACAGUUGAAAAAGAAGUAACUCUUAUAAAGGAAACACUUUUCACAGAAUCUUUUAUAAAGAAAGAGGAACGUAGCAGAUCCACAGUGAAAAAGCAGCUGUGUCAGGAGCAGCCAUUGGAAGGAGCUGUCUGCAGCUUUCAGUGCUGUACUGAGCAUGUCCCAGUAGAGCACAGUGCAAGCAGCAUAUUAUGCAAAAAGGCAGCUCUAGCAGAUGGGGGAGAGGCACAGCAAGCAUUUGCGUCGCUUGCAUCACCACCGCCUGAAAACAAACCUGGAUUGCUAGAGAGGAGCUCGCCGGCAGGCCAAGUGAAUGAAAUCCAGCAGCAUGGCUUGAUUUCUGAAGGGAUUGGAUUGCUAAAAAUCAUGGGGAACCAAGAUGGGAAGCUAAAGAAAAAUACAGGUGAUAUAUGUGAAGGAGGAGAGGAUGCUUCUGGGCCCAAGGAUACAGAAGGCACAAAGAAGGGAGCAGGAAGCAAAAAGGGACUGGGGAAGCAUGGUAAAGGAAGUGAAUCUGGCAAAAAGAAGGGUAAGUCAGACUCUAGGGCCUCAGUGUUUUCAAAUCUGAGGAUCAGAAAAAAUCUGUCCAAGGCUAAAGAUGGGACCAGUAGUUCAAGGGAGGAUGUUUUAGAAAGCCAGGCCUUGCAUACAGGGGAGCUGGACAGUGCUCAUUCAAUUACUAACAAAACUCCGGAUAUAAGCCUUUCUGCAGAUGAAGCGGGUCUCUCCGAUACAGAUGUUGAGCAUUUUGAAAUUACAAAUGAAACUCACCCAGCUGCUGCAGAGGCGCAGGAUGGACAAAGGACCAGCUCUGGCUCCGAUACGGAUAUAUACAGUUUCCAUUCAGCCACAGAACAAGAGGAUUUGCUUUCUGAUAUCCAGCAAGCUAUUAGACUGCAGCAACAGCAGGGGGCAAUUAACAUUGGAACUGAGGAGCAUGUCACCAAAACAAUGGACCCACACAUGGCUAAUUCUCAAGCAGCCCCCUUAGAUCUUGAACGGUUUCUUUCAGUGACUAGCAGUGACAAAGAGAGUAGCCCAGAAACUGAGCAGGCUGUCUCCGCAAUAUCUGAAAUUACAGAAAACAUUCCUAUCAGUGAAAUUGAAAGUGAACUGAAAGAUACAGCAAAUGUAACAGGGUAUGCUGGUAACCAUUUAUUUGAAACACAAGAACACAAGCUAUGGACUGUUGAACAGGAACAUCUUGAGGCUGGAGUGAAUGCUGUAGCUAGUGAACUCAAGGAUUACCCACAUUUAAAUGUAGCAGUGACAGAAAAUGGGUCUCACAGUGACAGUUCUGCGUUCCAUUUUCUGUUCCCAGCAGCAGAUUCGGAGACUAAAAUUAGUGAAGUACAAGCUGUUGAUUUCCCAGGUUCUGGAAGAGAUGAUGAUUUUUCAGAUGCAGGCCAUGACCAUGCUGCUGAGACUCAGGAAGGCAAAUGCAGUCUAUCAGCCAGCCAAGAGGCACUGGAGAGUGGUUUUUCUACUGAAAUGAAAAAUGGCACUUUGUCAUCUGGGGAGAUAGUGGGCAGUCCUCAGCUCAGUUCACGAUGCUUUAAGCCCUACCUAAUUAACCCAUGUUACAUCAAAACCACAACUAGGCAGCUGAGUUCUCCCAAUCAGUCACCUUCUCUUUCCCCAUCCCAGAGCCCACUUUUUAAGAGAAGACGCGAGUCCUUCCAAAGAAAAGAGAAGGCAUCAGUCAAGAAGCAAAGGUCCGUCAGUUUGGCUGGUUAUUUCAGUCGAUCAGCAGACUGGACAGAAGAGCUAUCUGAUCACAAAGGUGAAAUAUCUAAAAAGAUUGGCUCUGCAGACUUCUUGGAGUACAGGAGGUCCAGGGAGAGAUUGCAAGAAGAAAAAGAGCGUUUGACUCACUCAAGAAAAUCCUCAGGGAUCCGGGCUUCUACUGAUACCUUUCCCAAUGUCUUUACAGGGCGAACUCUUCUGGAAAAACUGUUCAGCCAGCAGGAGAAUGCCCCACAGGAAGAAGCAGAAAAGCUAUGUUCUAGGAUCAUUGCGAUGGGGCUCCUACUUCCUUUCAGCGAUUGCUUCAGAGAACCAUGUAAUCAGAGUGCGCAGCAGAGCACGCCCACGUUUGAUCAAGACCAGCUUUAUACUUGGGCUGCAGUUAGCCAACCCACACAUUCAUCGGAUUACAUCGAAGGGAGGUUUCCAAGGAGAAUUCCAUCCGUGUGGCCACCGCCCAAGCCUCCUGAUGAGGAACAAAAACUCAAACAUAUGGAAGCAGAGGACAGUGAAGAGUUUGAAGCAGCUAUCUUGGAAACACAGAAACAAUACAUACAGGAUGUUCAGCGGGUACAGGAUGAUUUUGAGUUGAAAUCUGAGGAACGUGCUAAUGUAAUUCAGCAGCUGGAGCAAACCAUUGAGGAUCUGAGGACCAAAAUUGCAGAACUGGAGAAACAGUUCCCAGCAACAGAGGCACAGAUUCCUUUAAGAGACCAAGAGAGUCAGAGUGGACACUCAGUUUGUGGGGAACGUGGUAAUGUGGAUCUUCAAACAAAUGAAGAGAGUGUCCUACCAAAAACUGUUUUACAAGUAAAAUCAGUACAGACUUCACCAGUAGAAGAUUGUUUUACACACUCAAAGCCUUCAGCCAACACACUGCCACAGUCUCCUCCCCACCUGGAAGGAGAUAAAAUUGAACGGCCAUCUCAACAAUUGCCAACUCUUGAACUAGAUCCCACAUAUUGUUCUGAAGUAUCUUUAAUUCUGUCACCAAAAUUAAUCUCAAUGCAGCUGGAUGAAAGCCAGUCCACAGAAAGUACAUCACAGCCACCUCGUCCAGGACCUGACACGGAUCUGUCCUCUUUGUUUGAAGAAGCGACUGUAUCGCCAGCUCCCCAUCAGUCUCGAAGUACUGAGAGUGUGACUUGCAGUGAAUGUUUCCCUUCCGUAUCCUCUGAACCCACUUGUAGCAUCCCACCCCCACUGCCUGGCACAGAACUAUCUAUUCCCCUGCCUGGAGCAGGAGGCUCUUCUUUCACAUCACGCUUGCCUGGUGCAGGUGUCCCAUCCCCACCACCUUUGCCUGGUUCAGGACCUUUCUUGCCUUUGGCUGGCACAGCAAUGCCACCCCUGGGCCCCUCGUUGCCUGGCAUAAUUAUGCCACCUCCUCUACCCCCACCUUUGCCUGAUGGAGUGAUGCCACUGCCUCCCGCUCCCCCAUUUCUUCCAUGUGCAGGAAUCCUACCUCCAGCCCCUCCUCUGCCUGGGGACGGAAUACCUCCAGCCCCUCCUCUGCCUGGGGCCGGAAUACCUCCAGCCCCUCCUUUGCCUGGGGCCGGAAUACCUCCGGCCCCUCCUUUGCCUGGUAUGGGAAUCCCUCCCCCUCCCCCACCCCCUCCUUUGCCUGGUGCUAGUAUCCCAUGCCCACCUCCUUUGCUUGGUAUGGGAAUGCCACCCCCGCCCCCACCUUUGCCUGGUGUAGGUAUACUGCCCCAUCCCCCACCUCUUCCUGGUAUGGGGAUGCCACCCCCUCCCCCACCUUUGUCUGGUGUAGAUGUAGGAAUGCCGCCCCCUCCCCCGCCUUUGCCUGGUGUAUGUCUACCACCUCCACCCCCACCUCUUCCUGGUGUAGGAAUGCCACCCCCUCCCCCGCCUUUGCCUGGUGUAUGUGUACUACCCUCACCUCUUCCUGGUAUAGGUGUACCGCCCCCUCCCCCACCUCUUCCUGGUAUGGGGAUGCCACCCCCUCCCCCACCUUUGCCUGGUGCAGGUGUACCACCUCCUCCCCUGCCUUUAACUGGCAUGGGAAUGCCACCUCCUGCCCCGCCGCCACCUCCACCUGGGGCAGCUCUUCCACCACCAGCCCAGGGAGGCUUCCUGCCAACUUUUGGCCUUCCACAAGUUUGUGGGGUUCUUCCUCCUCCAUUACCAGUCGGUUUAUUUGUAAUGGGGAUGAAUCAGGAUAAAGGGAGCAGGAAACAUGCAAUAGAACCUUCUCGACCCAUGAAGCCUCUUUAUUGGACAAGAAUUCAGCUUCAUAGUAAAAGAGAUUCUAAUGCUUCGCUUGUGUGGGAAAAAAUUGAAGAGCCUUCCAUAGAUUAUCAUGAGUUUGAAGAACUGUUUUCCAAAACAGCUGUUAAAGAGAGGAAGAAACCAAUUUCAGACACCAUCACAAAGACAAAGGCUAAACAAGUUGUCAAGUUAUUAAGCAACAAAAGAUCUCAGGCAGUUGGAAUACUAAUGUCCAGUCUUCAUUUAGAUAUGAAAGACAUCCAGCACGCUGUUGUGAACUUGGAUAACUCUGUGGUUGACCUAGAGACCCUUCAAGCCCUCUAUGAGAAUAGAGCACAAUCAGAUGAACUGGAAAAAAUAGAAAAGCACGGCAAAUCAUCCAAAGAGAGGGAGAAUGCCAAAUCUUUGGACAAACCUGAACAGUUUCUUUAUGAACUCUCACUAAUCCCCAACUUUUCAGAACGAGUAUUUUGUAUCCUGUUCCAAUCAACAUUUUCAGAAACCAUUUGCUCUAUCCAUCGCAAACUUGAAUUGCUACAGAAACUGUGUGAGACAUUGAAAAGUGGGUCAGGAGUUAUGCAGGUUCUGGGUUUGGUUCUCGCAUUUGGAAAUUACAUGAAUGGUGGAAACAGGACACGGGGACAAGCAGAUGGGUUUGGAUUGGACAUUCUUCCAAAGCUGAAAGAUGUUAAGAGCAGUGAUAAUAGCAGAAGUCUUCUAUCAUAUAUUGUCUCAUAUUAUUUGCGUAAUUUUGAUGAGGACGCUGGAAAAGAGCAAUGCAUCUUUCCUCUUCCCGAGCCACAGGACCUCUUUCAGGCUUCACAAAUGAAAUUUGAAGACUUUCAAAAAGAUCUUCGCAAACUAAAAAAAGAUUUGCGAGCAUGCGAGACACAAGCGGGGAAAGUUUAUCAGGUAUCACUAGAAGAGCACAUCCAGCCUUUCAAAGACAGCAUGGAGCAAUUCAUUAAUCAAGCUAAAAUCGACCAAGAAAAUGAAGAGAAGUCACUGACAGAAGCACAUAAAAGCUUUUUGGAAACUGCAGCCUAUUUCUGUAUGAAACCAAAAAUGGGAGAGAAGGAAGUGUCACCUCAUGCUUUCUUCAGUAUUUGGCAUGAAUUCAGUUCUGACUUCAAAGACCUCUGGAAGAAGGAAAACAAACUUAUUUUGCAAGAAAAGGUUAAAGAAGCAGAGGAAGUGUGCAGACAGAAAAAGGGGAAAUCACUUUAUAAUAUAAAGCCAAGACAUGAUUCUGGAAUAAACAGACGCAGCUCAGGUAGUGGCAGUGAAAAUUUCCCCACAGUGCCCUGCCAAUGUGCCUUAUCCCCCUGA